UAUGGAUGAUCCAUCAGAUCCAACUACUCCCAUCGAACCGAAGAGACCUUUUUUUGCUCGAUUUUCAGUUGCAAUAAUUGAAGCUAUAAAAGAUGGUGAACGUCUUCUCUUUAAAAUUAUAACUAAAUCACUAACAACCGGCGAAGAUUUCGAAACCGUUCGCGAAUAUGACGAUUUUGAAUACUUAAAUCAUUGUAUAAAUGUCAAAGAUGAAAAUCGAUGUCGGAUUAUACCUCCAUUACCAGCCAGGCCUAUAGUUGAUGCAAAAUCAGCUCAAAUGCAAUCAAAAAAGAUGCUUGGUAGGCGUCUAAAAUGUGUAAUUAAGGAUGAAUACGAAAAGGAUUGUAGAAGUCUGGAAAAAUAUCUCAGUCUUCUUAUAGAUCAUCCAGUUUUUGGAGCGGAUCCUAUAUUAGAUAGAUUUUUAACUUUGGAAAAAGCACCGCCUUGCGUGGCAAUCUCCCGAAUAAAAUCUAAAAUGGUCGACGCAAAAAAAUUCAAUCAUACGGACAUCGACGACUAUUUUGCUUACCAACGGGUUUGGAUGACCAAUUACAAAGAGUACAUUAGUCAAGCCUUAAACGAUUACUCGGCUUAUAAAAAUGCUGAACAACGUCAGUAA